AUGGUUGACUGCCCCAUUUGCUCCAAGCCCGUCUCAGAACGCCACAUCAAUGAGCACAUAGAUUCGGGCUGCGAAGCUCACGUCAUCGACACGACCAAUGCACCACCACCUCCAACCCAGAAGGCCAAUGUCGCCAGCUUCUUCCAACCGCCUUCCACAAAGCGCUCUUCGAACCUGUCUACGAAAAAUGUCGAGCCUUCGCCUGUCACAUCUCCCAUUCCAACCAGAACACAGCUUCCGGCUCCAUCCGAACCCUCUACAAACGGCUUGAAGAGACCCUUCGACCCUGAACCCGUGAAUAAGAAGUCGGAGCCAGUGUCUUCGCCGCCGUCUCCAAAGCGCAGCAAGUCUAACGCCUUCCAGAAGGUUGCACCGCUGGCGGAGCGCAUGAGGCCCAGGACACUCGACGAGGUCUGCGGACAAGAGCUCGUGGGAUCUGAUGGCGUAAUCCGAGGUCUGAUUGAGCAAGAUCGCGUACCCUCGAUGAUACUCUGGGGAGGACCCGGCACUGGCAAGACUACAAUAGCACGCCUCAUAGCCCACACAGCUGGCUGUCGAUUCGUCGAAAUCAAUAGUACCAGUUCCGGCGUAGCUGAGUGCAAGAAACUCUUUGCCGAGGCUCGGAAUGAGUUGGGCCUCACCGGGCGCAAGACGAUAAUAUUCUGCGAUGAAAUUCACAGAUUCAGCAAGAGCCAACAGGAUGUCUUCUUGGGGCCUGUCGAGGCCGGACAGGUCACGCUCAUCGGUGCGACGACCGAGAACCCCAGCUUCAAGGUCGUCAACGCCUUGCUGUCACGGUGUCGCACCUUUACCCUCUCCAAACUGUCUGAAGAGACUGUUACGACUAUACUCCGUCGUGCGCUAGAACGCGAGGGAAGCAAUGCUGAUACUAGCUUGGUUGAUGAUGAGAUGUUGGGCUACCUGGCCGCCUUCGCCGACGGUGACGCUCGCACUGGGCUCAAUCUCCUUGAACUGGCAAUGGAUCUCUCUACUCGACCAUCCAUGACAAAGGAAGCCAUCAAAAAGUCGUUAACGCAGACCCUCGUGUACGAUCGUGCUGGUGAUCAACACUACGAUACCAUUUCAGCAUUUCAUAAAUCAAUACGUGGUUCCGACCCCGACGCAUCUCUCUACUACUUGGCACGAAUGCUACAGUCAGGCGAGGAUCCUCUCUAUGUUGCGAGACGGCUCAUUGUCGUGGCAUCCGAGGAUGUUGGUCUGGCAGACAAUACAAUGCUUUCCCUUGCUACGGCCACUUACGCUGCCUGCGAGAAAAUCGGCAUGCCUGAAUGCCGCAUCAAUCUUGCUCACGCAACUGUCGCGUUGGCCAUGUCGCCCAAAUCAACGCGUGCAUAUCGCGGCCUCAGCAACGCCAUGGCGGCCCUUCAAGAACCCGGCAUAGCUGGCCUACCAGUGCCAGUACAUUUGCGCAACGCACCGACGAGGCUGAUGAAGGAGCUUGGAUAUGGAAAGGAGUACAAGUAUAAUCCGGAUUACUUGGACGGGAGAGUCGUUCAGGAUUAUCUGCCGGAAAAGUUGCUCGGCAGAACUUUCCUUGAAGACGCGGAUCUGGGGACGAAAAUUGAUACGGACUUGCCCGAGGAUUUCCAUGAGUAUGACCUUGGUUAA